CAGAAGGAGUGAUAAUUUAGAAGUGGUUGGUUAUUCUGAUUCUGAUUUUGCUAAGUGCAAAGAUGACAAGAAAUCCACUUCAGGGUAUAUCUUUAUGUUAGCUGGCGGACCUAUCUCGUGGAAGAGUCAUAAGCAAGAGUUGACUGCAACUUCUACAAUGAUGGCAGAAUACAUUGCGGUGUACAACGCAACCUGUCAUGGGAUGUUGCUCAGAAACCUCAUCAGUGGACUCAAA